UUAAUAAUUAAUAAAUGUAAAAAGAAGGAGAAAGCCACGUCCUCGAGGAAGAGGAUACUUAAGGCAAAUGAAGCUGACGAUAAGCUUGCUUUCGGCUCUCUCGAUACAACCCAAGUUAUAGAUUCUUCCUCCUAUUAAAAUAUUUUCAAUCGGAAAAGAAAAUUAAUAACGGAUUUCCCAGUUUACCCCUACGAUUUCUCUUAAUUUUUGCUAACGCCCACCCCCUGAAGCUCAGUUAUCCUUCGUUCUGAAUAGCGAUCUGGUAAUUGAAACGAGAAAAUUUGAAGUGAAAAGCAAAGGAACCAAAAAAAAAAAAAUGCUGUGUAGAAUGAUGUUGAUGCCCCGAAAGAAGAAAGUCGGGUCGGUUCCGGUUUACUUGAAUGUAUAUGACUUGACUCCAAUUAAUGGUUACGCUUAUUGGUUUGGCCUUGGGAUCUAUCAUUCUGGGGUUCAAGUGCAUGGAGUUGAAUAUGGCUUUGGAGCGCAUGAGCAUUCAGCAACGGGAAUUUUUGAAGUGGAACCAAGGCAGUGUCCCGGUUUCACGUUUAGGAAAUCUAUUCUAAUUGGAAGAACGGAUUUGGGUCCAAAAGAUGUCCGUGCCUUUAUGGAGAAACUUGCUAGAGAGUACUCUGGAAACACAUACAAUCUUAUCACCAAGAACUGCAACCAUUUUUGCAAUGAUGUGUGUAUCCAGUUGACAGGGAAGCCAAUUCCACGUUGGGUUAAUCGUCUUGCUAGAUUGGGUUUCCUUUGCAACUGUGUUCUCCCUGCAGGGUUGAAUGAGACAAAAGUUCGCCAAGUUAGGUCAGACCGUAAGGGUCAAGAGGUAGAGAAGAAGAAGUUGAGAAGCCAUUCAAGUAGGUUUGUGUCUUCUUCUAAUCCUCUACCCCCUUCAUUGACCUCUUAUCCUCCUGGCUCUGCUAUGAACAGUAGACAAAGGCGAUGUCUUCCAUCAUCAUCAUCUUUGAUUCAUACUUCUUCAACCUCAAGUUUGAGCGUGAAGCUUUAAGUAAGUUGGACUACGGUACAGUUUAAUGUUUGAAAUUUUGGAAGUCAAAGUAGAUGAGGUUAGCAAAUGCAAAUCUUUUUUCCUGCCCCUGUUUUAACUUGGUUUAGCUGAUAUUUCUUUGAUGGGUAUGGAAACAGCUGCUUGGAAAUUUUGCAGCGUUUCUAUUUUCUGUAAUAUGGUUUCUGUUUUUAAGUUGAAUGGAAAGAUCUAUGUUUUUCACA